UCUGCCCUUUUUUCUCUCUGAAAUGUUCUUAGCCUGAUCUCUCUUCUCUCUUUCACCGGAAUCUCAAAUUCCGGCCACUUCUCCACCCCGGUCCGGAACCUGACACGCAGUCUCACUUUUUCCAUCAAUUACUCAAAUCAUCUUUCUUUAUUCAUAUACGUUGGUCAGAUCUUUAAGAAUUGGAAAAAGAAAAAAAACCAGCUUGGAAAAGCACUGAAAGACAUUGCCUUCGCCCCAGACCCAGAGAUGUUAGACUAGUCCUUGCAGUCACCACACCAUUCCUCUCUUUUAUCUUUCUUUCUCAGUCUCAGAAUAUGGGAGCUGGAAUUCCUGGUUGUUGAGAAAGCUGAUGAGGAAAUAACCACAUUUAUUGUUAACGUGAUGUUCCUGUAAAGGAAACGUAAAAGCAAAAGAAAUGCCUCACAUGCAAAUGAGAGACCCUGAGGAGAACCAUGUGUUGUCAAGGGAACCUCUAAAGAGUUCCAUGAAUCAUAAGAAAUCACCCCAAAUGGUCAUAAAAAAUGGGGAUAGAUUUGAAGAUGGCAAGAAGAGUCUAGGAAGGAGAAACGGAAGGAGAAGAGGCAGAGGGCAUAAAGUAGAUAGGUUACAAGAUGGAAAGCUUGAGCCAGGCAUUGGUUCUACCCCAUGCAAGAGCCUUAUGUUUCACGGAAGGCCUGGCUACGGCCAGUUGGGAACUAAAUGUAUGGUUAAAGCCAACCAUUUUCUUGCAGAGAUACCACGAUCUGACUUGAGUCAUUAUAGUGUAGAAAUAAACCCAGAAGUUACUUCUCGUAAACUGAACAAAGCUAUCAUGAUAGAGCUGGUUAAACUUUACAGAAACAGUGACUUGGGAAUGAGGCUUCCUGUUUAUGAUGGAAGGAAAAACCUAUACACUGCUGGAUCACUGCCUUUUAACUCUAAGGAGUUCACUGUAAUAUUGGUUGAUGAAGAUGAAGGAAUGGUUAAUGUUAGGACUAGAGAAUUUAAAGUGACAAUAAAGUUUGUAGCUCACGCUAGCAUGGCACAAUUGCGUAACCUUCUAUCUGGGAAACAAGCUGAUACCCCUCAAGAAGCCCUUAACAUUAUUGAUACUGUGUUAAGGGAACUCGCGGCUCAAAGGUACAUAUCAGUUGGAAGGUUCCUUUAUUCUCCUAAUAUCAAGAAACCACAAGCAGUGGGUGGUGGCUUGGAAUCAUGGCGUGGCUUCUACCAGAGUAUAAGACCUACUCAGAUGGGAUUGUCUCUGAAUAUUGAUAUGUCAACAACUGCAUUCAUUGAACCACUACCUGUCAUUGAUUUCGUUGCUCAAAUUUUGGGUAAAGAUGUUUAUUCAAGGCCAAUGUCAGAUGCAGAUCGAGUUAAGGUUAAGAAAGCACUAAGAGGUGUGAAAGUGGAAGUGACUCACAGAGGAAAUGUACGCAGAAAGUACAGGGUUUCAGGGUUGACAACUCAGCCAACAAGGGAGCUAAUUUUCCCACUUGAUGAGCAUAUGAACAUGAAAUCAGUUGUUGAGUACUUUCAAGAGAUGUAUGGAUAUACCAUUAGACACGCGCACCUACCAUGCCUUCAAGUAGGAAAUGAGAAGAAGGUGAAUUAUUUGCCCAUGGAGGCUUGCAAGAUAGUUGAAGGACAGAGAUACACUAAAGGGUUGAAUGAAAAACAGAUUACUUCUCUGCUGAAAGUUUCAUGCCAAAGACCCCUUGAACAAGAAUUGGACAUCUUACAGACAGUUCAACAGAAUGGUUAUGAUCAAGAUCCUUACGCAAAAGAGUUUGGCAUCCAUAUAGAUAGCAAGCUUACAUCAAUUGAGGCUCGGGUUCUUCCUGCUCCAUGGCUAAAGUAUAAUGACACUGGAAAAGAAAAAGAAUAUUUGCCCCAAGUUGGUCAAUGGAAUAUGAUGAACAAGAAAGUUAUAAAUGGAAGCACUGUAAGAUACUGGGCUUGUAUCAACUUCUCGCGAAGUGUUCAAGAGAGCACUGCACAUGGCUUUUGUCAGGAGUUAGUUCAGAUGUGCCAAAUAUCUGGCAUGGAAUUCAAUCGGGAACCUGUAAUUCCUAUAUAUUCAGCAAGACCAGAUCAAGUUAAAAAGGCACUGAAAUAUGUAUAUCAUGCUGCUGCAAAUAAACUUGAAGGAAAAGAACUGGAAUUACUCAUUGCCAUUCUUCCGGACAACAAUGGUUCCUUAUAUGGUGAUCUUAAACGAAUUUGUGAAACUGAUCUGGGUUUGAUUUCUCAAUGCUGCCUCACAAAACACGUCUUCAAGAUUAGCAGACAGUACUUGGCAAAUCUCUCUCUAAAAAUAAACGUCAAGAUGGGGGGAAGAAAUACUGUGCUCUUAGAUGCUUUAAGCUGGAGAAUUCCUUUGGUUAGUGACAUUCCAACUAUAAUAUUUGGGGCUGAUGUAACUCAUCCAGAGUCUGGAGAGGACUCUAGUCCAUCAAUAGCUGCUGUUGUGGCCUCACAAGACUGGCCAGAAGUGACGAAGUAUGCUGGACUGGUAUGUGCUCAGCCUCAUAGGCAAGAACUUAUUCAAGAUCUAUUCAAAACCUGGCAGGAUCCUCAACGAGAAACAGUUACUGGAGGCAUGAUCAGGGAGCUCUUACUUGCAUUUAAGAAAGCUACGGGACAAAAGCCACUGAGGAUAAUCUUUUACAGAGAUGGUGUCAGUGAAGGACAAUUCUACCAGGUUCUACUAUAUGAACUUGAUGCCAUACGGAAGGCCUGUGCAUCACUGGAACCCACUUACCAACCUCCAGUUACAUUCAUUGUGGUUCAGAAGAGGCAUCAUACUAGGCUGUUUGCAAACAAUCACAGCGACAGAAGCAGCACUGACAAGAGUGGAAAUAUUUUACCUGGUACUGUGGUGGAUUCUAAGAUCUGUCAUCCGACUGAGUUUGACUUCUAUCUGUGUAGUCAUGCGGGAAUCCAGGGGACAAGCCGACCUGCUCAUUAUCAUGUUCUCUGGGAUGAGAAUAACUUCACAGCGGAUGAGAUCCAGUCUCUGACCAACAACCUCUGUUACACGUAUGCUCGGUGCACGCGAUCCGUUUCUGUUGUCCCUCCGGCAUAUUAUGCUCAUCUAGCAGCCUACCGAGCUCGAUUCUACAUUGAACCUGAGGCAUCUGAAAAUGUUAAAGCGCGAUGCACACGCACUACCAAUGGAUCAUCUGUCCGGCCUUUACCCGAAUUAAAAGAGAGGGUGAAGAAUGUGAUGUUUUACUGUUAAACAGGAGGAAGAAGCUGACUUAAGGUGAAGGGGAAAAGAGUAAAGAAGAUAUGUAAAUGCUUCUUGUCUUUAUAGUGUAGAGAGAUUGUCAAUUGAAAUUUUUGAAAGCGCUCCAAACAGCUUUUCUAGCUGUAACAGUUACUAGCAGAUUAACAAAAUUUAGAGUUUAGAUGCAUAUAUGUGAAUUUAUCUAGGACUCAAUAUCUAAGUGAAUGGACAAAUUAUUUUGCUCGUCAAAAGGCAUGCAAGUCUUUUCAAUGUGCUAACACUAGUAAUGCCCGUCACAAAAUUGUCCUUUCUAAAGCUAUCUAACAAGAUAAAAGUUAUCGAAGUUUGGUCCUGUAACUGGUGUCUUUGCAUCUAUCUGUGACUUUUUACCAUAUGCAUCACAUUUCCAAUUGAAGGAUAACAAUCAACCAUUAGGUGAAACUUUGCUAAUAAACCAGGAAUCCUGCUGUGAGAAAACAAGAAGCUGACUGAAUCGGCUAUGAAAUCAUGGACCAGCAGAUCGAGUGGGGAAAAUCAGAUGAACGUCAGAGUCCAUGAAGAAGUAGCCAAAGGGUCCCUCAAGGAAAAUUGAGGUUAUAAAAUUCAAAUCUGGCGAGCGAGGUAGAUAUGAGAACAUUUUCAAGGAAAAGUUUGAAUUUGCUUUAGUUAACUAAGGCCUACCAGACACGGUGGGACACAGAUGUAGUUGCUCGGUUAUGCAGAAUUAAUGGUUGGAAUGACUAUUUUAGACCAUAAAGCAUGUUCGGUGAAUUAAAGGCCUUAAAGAGGUGAGGGUAAAAAACUUUGCCUCAUAAUGAAGUGAUUUGGUUUUGGACCUCAAUCCGCUACACUUUUUGGAGAAAUUUUACUAAUUUAGCCUGAAAGUUUGAGACUCCAUUUCCAGCAAAAGCCCCCACAAGCGAGGCAAAUGAGAGAAUGUUCUUUCCUCUCAAGGAAGAUCAGAGCAGAGCAGAGCAGAGAUUGCUGUUAUCAUCUGAUAGUAUUUCAAUUUCGAAUUACCAGAAACAUAAAAUCUGAUUUAGAACCACAAUAACUAUAAACUAUUAGCUUCAGGUUACAGCAAAAUUUAAAUCACCAAAUCUUUUGCUGAAAGCAGCUUGCAAAAUUUAACUGUUCUAAGACAACUGUUGAACAAAUAAUAGCCGACUUAUAAUUGACGUAAACAUCGAGAGUUGAACAAGUUUGGUAAUUGAUAAUAACUUAUACGAGUUGAAAAGAACAUGACAAUGUGUCGCAAAUAUCACGGUGUCCCUAUCGUCUCCCAGAUUCUGAACCGGCAAACUGACACCAAUGUAAAUAUUCUUGUCACUGAUCCAAAACACUGGAAAUAAAAAAAAAAAAAACCCUUGCCUCGUCUCUUCAAGGCUUCAACUACCCACUUGAAGCAGAUAGAUAAACCAAUUAAUGGUUUCAAAAAGUUUGAAUUUGAAGAGAGAAGGGGGUUGAAUGGUCAAAAUGAUUGUUACAAGCUACUGUCAUUGCAUGUCUCAAUUGACAAAGGUUGCUGUCUUUCUCAAUAUAUGUAAAAGAGUUCAAUAUCUUCGCCGUAUGCAAUCACAUGUAUGUUGGAUUGUUGACUUGAUCCUCCUUUUCUCAAGGAUAAGAACCUGACGUCUCACCCUUUCCGUUCAAUCCAUAAUUAAUUAAUUAAAUAAUAGCAACAUGUGUAGUAAUUUUUAUCCAUUAUCAAGUAAAGGAGUUAAUAGAAAGUAGUUAAUUUAGGAACCUCUUUAAAUU